AUGGCAGUGAUGGGAAUUACAUGCCAGGGAGCUCCUGAUCCAGCUGUCAAGCACAAGAAGGAGCUCACAGCUACCAAGGGGCUGAAGGAGACAGUGAGUGAAAAGCAGAGCAGUGUCUGCAAGGUAGAAGAUUCAGAGAAGGUCAUCUUUGACAGUCAGUGGAAAAUCCUGAAAGAUGUGAUCACCAAAGGAACAGCUAAAGAAGAAACAGAAGGAGGCUGUGCAUCAAUUUCUAUUAUUGCCCAAGCAGAAUGUGAAAACAGUCAGGAGUUCAGCCCCACCUUGUCAGAGAGAUCCUUCAUUGCCCACAGUAAGCGUUACAGCAGGUCAGACAGCCUCGAUCAGAUCCCCAACAAUGUGGCCCACGCCACGGAGGGCAAGAUGGCACCAACCUGCUGGAGGGGGAGACACCGCGGCAGGGCCAGAAAGAAACGGCACAAGAAGAGAUCCAAGCUGAAAGGACAACCAGUGGCUGCUGCCAGGAGAGGCCCCAGGACUCCAGAACAGGAGAGCUGCACCCCAAUUCCUGUCCAGGAGGAUGAAUCACACCAAAGUGCUCUGUACAGAAACAGUUUUUGGGCUUCAGAGUUUGACAAGAACUUGGGCUAUGAUCCAUUGCCUUUUGAGAAACCUGAUGGAGUUCUGCCCAUGGACAAACUCCAUUCCCCAAGGAGCCAAUACAAAACUGACCUGCACAAGCUGAUCAGCCCCAUUCAGUGCCUUAAUCAUGUCUGGCCAGGUGUGGACAGUCCUCUCCAGGCCCUGAAGCACACUGCUCUGGGGACAUACUUCCACGGUGGCCUCGGCUACCAGGACAGUCACUUCUCUGGGCUGAACAUGGAAUAUGGUUUCUCCAAAUGCACCAACCAGUCUGUGAAAACCAGUGCAGACAAGAUUUCUGUGGAAGAGUAUUUGGUGGAUGCCUUGAAGGGGAGUGUGAGCUUUGGUGAACCUCAGAACUUGGCCAGCCUAGCCAAGACGUGGAGAGGAGGUGGGCUGGACCAGAAGGAACAGUUUCCUGCAGCAAGUGAGAAUGAAGGUGUUCUGCUGAACGAGAAGCUGAAGCCUGUGGAUUAUGAGUACCGAGAAGAGGUUCACUGGACCAAGUGCAAAGGUUCCUUGGGCAUCGGCUCUUUUGGAGAAGUGUACAAGAUAGAGGACAAACAGACAGGAUUUCAGUGUGCUGCCAAAAAGGUGCAGGUGGAACACUUCCGUGCCGAGGAGCUGACGACGUGUGCCGCGGUGACGAGUCCCCGCGUGGUGCCCUUGUACGGCGCCGUCAAGGAAGGACCCUGUGUCACCAUCUUCAUGAAGCUCAUGGAGGGUGGCUCAUUAGGACAACUAAUUAAACAGAGCGGCUGCCUGCCAGAGGACAGAGCCCUCAGCUACCUGGGCCAGGUGUUGGAGGGCUUGGAGUAUCUUCAUGCUCAAAACAUUCUCCAUGGAGAUGUCAAAGCUGAGAACGUGCUGCUGUCUGACGACGGAAGCAGAGCUCUGCUCUGUGACUUUGGCCACUCGGCUCACCUGCACCCAGAUGGCCUGGGGAAGUGCUUGGUCACAGGGAACUACGUGCCCGGCACGGAGACGCACAUGGCGCCGGAGGUGGUGAUGGGCAAGCGCUGUGACUCCAAGGUGGACGUGUGGAGCAGCUGCUGCAUGAUGCUGCACAUGCUCAACGGGUGCCACCCCUGGACCCAGUACUACAACCACCCCCUGUGCCUGAAGAUCGCGAAGGAGCCUCCUCCUCUGCGGGAAAUUCCACCUUCCUGCAACCCUCUCACUGCCGAGAUUAUCAGGCUGGGGCUGGAGAAGGAGCCUCUCCACAGAGCAUCUGCAGCAGAGCUCAAAGCCAAGGCCACCGUGGCACUCAAGGAAGUGGGAGGUGUGAGAAGCCCCUGGAAAGGUGAAUACAGAGAGCCCAGGCAUUUGUCUCUGAACAAAGACAGCCAUGCACAGACAUCCCUGUCCCCCACACUGAGCCCAGUGGCUGAGACUGGUUCCGACCCAAAAUUGUCAGUCAAAGCUUCCUGUGCCAGCCCAGUCCUUCCAGCACCUUCUCAGGAGCAAGCAGAGGAGUCUGAGGGAACCCACUGGGGUGAGGGCAAGGAGUCACCUGAGCCCUUGGAUCCCCCACCUCGGUCCUCAACUCCUCUGCCCCUGAAGAGCCACGUGGAGAGAUCCACAACCAUUUCAGAACAAGAGCUCCAGCAGCUGGAGAUAGAGCUGUUUCUGAACAGCCUUUCCCAGCCUUACUCCCUGGAAGAGCAAGAGCAAAUGCUUUCAUGUCUCAGCAUUGACAGCCCCUUCGUGUCCGAUGCCAGUGAGAAGAACUCCAUGAAGGCUUCUCAUAGCUUGAGGGACACCAUGAGCUCUGGGAUUCACUCCUGGAACAGCCAAGCAGACGGACAGAGCUUCAGCUGGAACACCCUGCUGAGCCGCAGUCGGCACACAGACACUCCCAGCUACUUCAACGGAGUGAAAAUCCAGAUCCAGUUGCUAAGUGGAGAGAAUUUACACAUCAGGGAUUUCCACAGGACGAAGGUGGGAGACAUUGCCACGGGGAUAAGCAGCCAGAUCCCAGUGCCUGCUUUCAGCCUGGUCACCAAGGAGGGGCAGCCGGUGCGCUGUGACAUGGAGGUCCCUGACUCUGGCAUCGAGCUGCAGUGCACCCUGGCGCCCGACUGCAGCGUCGGCUGGACCUGGAGGGUCAAGCACGGACAGCUGGAGAACAGGCCGUGA